AUGAAGGCAGAUGAAUGGCAAUUUUUUUUCAUUGAAGGGUGCAGCCUUGAACCACUAGGACCAUGUUCAACAAAUUGUGGAUCUGGAAGUCAAUUGUUUAAUGUAUCAUGUGAUGGAUAUUAUAUUUCUGAAGUUGAAUCAUCAUGUGGAAGGAGCACUGGAUGUCAAGAAGUGUGCAGUCUUGAACCACGAGGACCAUGUUCAACAAAUUGUGGUUCUGGACGUCAAACGUUUAAUUUAUUAUGUGAUGGAAAUAAUAAUUAUGAAUUUGAGUCAUCAUGUGAAAGCAGUACCGGAUGUCAAGGGGGUUGGAGUGAAUGGGUACCUUUUGGUGAAUGUUCUACAACUUGUGACGAAGGACAAAAGGUGGUUAAAAGAAGGUGUGAUAAUCCAUAUCCAGGUCGGGAUUCUGCAUAUUGUGAUGGUGAUGACGUCAAAUACGCAUAUUGCAACCUGGGUGGUUGCCCAGGAUCGUGGAGCUGUUGGGAGGAUGAUGGUCACUGCUCAACCUCGUGUGGUAAUGGGACACAAUUAAGGCGACGACGAUGCAAUAAUCCAACGCCAACAAAUGGUGGAGAAAACUGUCCUGGUGAUAAUCAGACCAACGUGCAUUGUAACACCAAAGAAUGUCCAGUUUAUAAAUGGGGACAUUUGAAACAGCUGAACAUAACAAAGGAUGAUCUUAAAGACAUUAUGAAGGACGAGUUGAAUGAAAUGAAGAGCAACUUAACCAUCGACUCGAAAAACCUGUCUGCUACUAUCAGAAAACGCAUAUCAGCACGUGACGACAGACCGUCUGCUGCAUCUGUAGGUUAUGUAGGUGUCGCUCUGCUGUUGAUUCCAUUGGUAAUGAUUAUUAGUUUUGACGCUACAAAGUUUUUUGCCAUAGUAGCAAAUAUUUACAGAAAAGUUUGUAAAAGAAAGUCAGUGAAAAUAGGAAAUGGUCAAUUGGAAAAUAAUGAGCAAAAUGUUGUAUUUUAAUUAAUUUUGACCCCUACAUAAAUCCAGAAUCGCUGUUCUUGGAACUCUUAAAAGAGAAGCAUCAUUUGAACGAUUUUUUAGUGCAGAAAUUUAUUAAUUAGAAAAC